CUCGAACGCCCCCGCGGUCUGGCUUAAGCUCGAGAUGCUGGUGGAAAGAAGGAACACGUAAUGAAGUGAGGAUCUUUGGGUUGUUGCAAUGGUCAGAUUAUCAGUUUAUUGCCACAAAUUCCACAACCCGGAGUUGCUAUGAAGGUACAAUUGCUAUGAAGGCGGGGGCCUCGUCCAUGUGGGCUUCAUGCUGUGGUCUGCUGAAUGAAGUCAUGGGCACAGGGGCAGUGAGAGGCCAGCAGCCUGGGUUCGGAGCCGGUGCCGGACCCUUCCGGUUUGCCCCCAGCGCAGGAUAUUCCACAUAUCCACCCACAACCUCAGGGAGCCCCAGCCUCGUAUGUAAGGCUUGUGGCCAGGCCUUCUCUGUCUUCAGGAGGAAGCAUAUCUGCUGCGACUGUAAGAAGAGUUUCUGCACUCUGUGCUCUGUGCUUCAGGAGAACCUGCGUAUAUGUGCCACAUGUCACCUGCUGAAGGGGACGGCCUUCCAGAGACCACAGCUGAUGCGGCUGAGGGUCAAAGACCUGCGGCAGUACCUGCUGCUACGCAACGUCCCCACAGACACCUGCAGGGAGAAGGAGGACCUGGUGGACCUGGUGCUGUGUCACCAGAGGACAGAGGGGGAGGAGGACCCAGACAACCCCCUCUAUACCCCGCCCCCCUCCGCCGCACGUUCCACCUCUGAGCUGUCUGCUCUCUCAGUCUCCGCCUCUCAGGGGGAAGCUCUCAGUAGGAGCGACAGCUCAGGGACAACCAACCAGGAUAUAGGCGACGCCACGUCUCUCUCCCUCCUGAACCUGGCACCCAGUGAGCACACACCAGAGGUGAGCCCUCAGACACGGCCGCGAGCGCGGGCCUCUCUCUCAGACAUCUCCAGCCUGAGGGACAUCGAGGGCCUGUCCGUGAGACAGCUGAAGGAGAUCCUGGCCAGGAACUUUGUCAACUAUUCAGGCUGCUGUGAGAAGUGGGAGCUGGUAGAGCGCGUCAGCCGCCUGUACAGAGAGACUGAGGAGAACAUGAAGUCAUUGGAAAACGUGAACACAGCUAUAACUGCAGAUGGGGAGAAGGCCCAGCUGACCAACGUGGAUGACAACCUGUGCAGGAUCUGCAUGGACUCCGUGAUCGACUGCGUCCUCCUGGAGUGUGGUCACAUGGUCACCUGCACCAAGUGCGGCAAGCGGAUGAGCGAGUGUCCCAUCUGCAGGCAGUACGUCGUGAGAGCCGUGCACGUCUUCAAGUCUUAAUGUCUCAACCCACCACUUCCACCAUGUCCCAUCUUCAAAACAUUCACCUCCAGAGAAACAGAUCUGUGUUGUUCUGUCCUAGUUGUGGGUGUUCUGUUGUCAUCCCCUGAAACGCUUACAUUAUUUGUAAACUUGAUCAUGAAUGAGAAAUGCAGUGUGUUCAUUUUUUCCCACUUAAUUUUUUUCUUGGGACUAAUCACUGUGUGACCAAUGAAAAGAAGGGCAGCAGUCUACCCUUUAUAUUAACCCAUUCCAUUUCUAAACACAUCCUUGACGUUUUCUCAUCUACCGUAUUUUAUGUUAUGCUUUUGCUUAUGUUGACUUUUAAACCAGAAUGUGAGCUGUGUGUGCGUACCAUCGUUCCCAGGUACCUACAGAGUGAACCACUAAUUGUGACUGGUAACUAACUCCCUGUCCCAAUGAACAAACCGUAUCAUGUAAAGUCUGCCCAUAUAGAGGUCUGUUUUGAUUUGGAAGGAAGUCUCACAUUUGUUUUAAUUCUGUCAUAACGUCUUAGCACUGAAUGUUAAGAUGAAUAAGAAAACGGGUGCUAAAUACGUUCAAAUGUUUUUCCUGUUUUCCGUUUGUUAGUAUACCAACUUAAAUUGUGGAUGUCGUCACUGUCUGAAAACCUUACCUCCAAAACAAACUUCAGGAAAUGACCAUAUUUUCCCAUUAACGAACAUACAAUUAUGAAACUUCAGAAGCUAUUUCGAAUACAUUUUCUUGGUCCUAGAGUCAAAUGUUCAGAGUACAACAUUGAGGGGAGUUACUGCUUUCAAUAGAUGAAAAACAUAACACUUUAUUUUUUUAUGCAUUAUGAGCAUGUAAUUCCAUCAGACAUCAAAACUAUGCUUAGAAUAUUUUCUGUUAUCUUUUCUUGGAAGUGGAGGGAAUAUUGUCUUUUUAAUUAAUACAUUGUUGUAGUUAACACAACUAAUCAAAUAUAUAGCUGCAAGUUAACUGCCACUUGUGGAAUAUAAAGUAUAUUGAGGAAAAGUGACUUGCUGUACAGUUGCAUAUAAUGUUUCAUAUCAGUAUGAGAUGUACAUAUCUAUUUUUUUCCAUUUGAUUUGAAUGUGUAAUUGAAUUGAAGAUUUCCCUCAGAUUAGUUUAUUAAAGAGUAAGGUUUCACUGUCAGGUGGAUUGAAAUGUGUUACUACAUUGGUUUGCUUGAGUGGUCUGUCCUCAAAUGAGAAGCAGAGCAUGAUGACAGUCUAUGGUUGCGUCCAAAAUGGCACCCCAUGCCCUAUGGGGCUUUGAACAGUAGUGCACUAUAUAGGGUUCCAUUUUGGACAUAGACACAGAUUGGGUGGAGAGGUUUCCUGUAUCACACAGUCAACUACCCUUUGGAAGGGUAUGCUAAAUAAAUUGUGCAAGGUCUGGUCUUUGUAUUUGGGAAUGUUUAACCUUUUAUUUUGGAAAUUAAAUAUGAAUUAUAUUAGUUUGACUUCA